AUGGGUCGGCUCGACCGGAGUGAUACCACGGCCUCACAGAAAACCGGCGUGAAACAACCACAGCGUUGUGAUGAAGUUCUGGCCAUCAACGAUAAGGUGGUGCUCCGCGCAGAAGACCUGCUCUCCUGGAUGUGUGUUGGCACCGAGUGGCGUUGGGGGCUCCGGGCGGUAUGGCGCGGGGCCUGCGCCCCUCCCGCGGACAUGCCACGCCACGCCCCACUCGCGCACACCAAGCUGGACUUCAGUGAUGUUGAUAAUGAAAAGAGUACCAUAGAAGUGGAUGCUGACGCGCCAGGCGUGGUGGUGUUCUCCUACCCUCGCUACUGCCGGUACAGGGCGCUUAUAGCCCGGCUGGAGGGCAUCCAGGCAUCCUGGCUGAGAGACUCCCUGGUAGCCGCAUUGGGGGGGUACGCUGCACCCACUAAGAACACCAGGAUUUUGUACUGCAAGGACACAUUUGAGUACCCAGAGCUGGAAGGUCACGAGUUUGUCUGCAACCACUUGGCGCCCCGACUGAAGGGCAGGCCGCGGGGGCGCCGGCGACGCGCCACCACCCCUGACGACAGAGACCACGAUCCUGCAUCAGAUCGCUCCGAUUCUGAUGAUCAGAGACCGAACACCGCUUCUGAUCCACCGACCCCUCGCCGCCUCUCCCUCCGCAACGGCGCUGGUCCUCAAAGCGAGGAGGAGGAUGAGGACUACCGUCGCGUGGAACAGAGCCCUGAGGACCUCGCGUUCCUCCAUCAACUGAAGACCUUUUACAAGAGCCGCUGUGAAACCUUCAAGAAUGAUCGGAGCUUGAAGAAUUUAUCGCUCCGCGCGCUGUACGCGGGCGUGCAGUCCCGCGGCGGGUACGAGGCAGUCUGCCGCCUCCGACUCUGGAGGGAACUCGCGAGGGACCAGCCCGCCAGGACACGGAGGCACUACGAGAGAUUCCUCCUACCAUUCGAGAACCACGAACGGAACAACGGUUUCGCCCCCUCCUACAAACACAACGGGAAACUAGACGAGCCACACACCAUAGCCACCAUUGACGUCACAGACUCCCCCCUCAGAGACGAUGACGUCAAAAUCCUUCGCACUCCCUCACCUAAAAUCGAGCAACAUGACCAAUUCGACCAAUCCGACAAGUUAGGUAACGACCAGAAUGGUAACGGCAAGAAUGGUAAUGGUAACGACCAGAAUGGUAAACAGAAUGUCGAUUGUGAAACAGGAGAGAUUAAUACCAAAGAUGAAAUUAUAGUUAAAAACGCCGAAGAGUUGAACAGAGAGUUUCUCGAGUCUUUACCUAAGGAAGAGAAGAUGGUUAAAAUAUCAGUUAAACCGGUGGAAAAGUUAAUAGAACCGUCAGUUAAACUGUUGGAGGGCGACGUCAAGGUAGGGGAGGGACAGAAAGAGGGCAAAGACUUUACACAGAACUACCUGAAUGAUUUACAGAAAUACAGUAUGGGGGCGGAUUUGACCCGCGCGGCGCCUAUGAACGGACACCCCAGCCCAGCUCCUACCGAUUUGAAGUUAUCCCGUCCAGUGGGUCGCAGUUCCCUGCGCGCAGUGCGCGUCAAACCCACGCGACCACCCACACAUGCACCCACACACACACCGCCGGUCCCCGCGGCGGGCGACAGUUCGGGCGCGGGCCGGGGGCCGCGGACCAACUUCGGGAUACAACAUCCACACACGCAGUCCGCGCAGGAUGACGACAUCGUCGAGGUCCCAUACAAACCCAAAACACCAGAAAUCAUCGACUUGGAUGAAUAUCCUGAGAGCCCACAAGCUGUCAAGAAGAAGAAGCUAGACAUUCUCAAAGAAAGGGGUCUCGAAGUGACAGCCCUACCCCCCUGGCAGGGCGUCGCCCCCCACAUGAUGCCGCCCCCUAUGAUCCUGAACCCGACAGUACAGCAUCAGAUCAUGACGCAAGCACAGCUGUUCCAUAUGUACAACAUCAUACCUAAUUACGCCAACGGGGUCCAACCCCCCAAAGUGAUCCAAGCAUCCUCAAUAUUCGGUAACACGGGCCCCGAGAAAACCGUCUACGGGAACCCCAAGGACCCCUUCAUGCCGCCCCCACACGUACUACACGGAGCCCCGGUCAAGCCACUACGAGCGCCCCCCACGCAAACCACCCCCCAAGAUAUCCUAGACCUGACUUGCAAAUCCACAAGUCCGUCGCCCCCGAAGCCAGCUGUAGAGAUAGUAAGAGUCCCCCCAUCGCCAUCUCCGAACCACACACCUCAAAACUUGACUAAGAACUACACUCUAGUCGACGGGAAGGCCGUGGUGGGGUCCAACUUAGAAAUAACUUUAGUCAAUAAAGCGUCCAGUCCGGGGAAGAACAGGCCUCCGCAGAAACGUUCCAGUAAUGGCAAGUUCAUGUCUACGAAGACCCCGACUCCUCCAAAAGAGACUUACCCUAAGUAUACUUCUCCUGGCACGACUCAGAAGAAGCCAGCGAUAAACAUACCGAGCUACCAGGUCAGAGACGAUUCCCCCACAGGACAUGGCCAUCAUCAGGGUCAAAAUUUAGCGCAGCUUAUGGAGAUGCAGAAGAACUCUCUGCCAAUGACCUCGCUUAUGGAGCCCUACAUGGCCCUCUACAGCAGCCUAGGGCCCAUGGAUCAGCGCCAACUCGCGUACCUAAUGACCAAUCAGCUCCGGUACCCAUCUCUGCUUAACCUUGGUGUCGCUACGCCCACAACGAAGAACUAA